UUUGCAGCGUUGUCACAUCAGGAGCUGCUGAAGAGAUUUCGCUUUUUUCUGCAAUGACCGCGCAAAGUAAAGGGACGCCUUUUAUAUAGCAGUGUCUCAUCGGGAGACACAACUGUAGCAAGAUUCAUUAUAUUAUAUAUAUUUCUUAAUUUAUUGCCGCAAUGCCGGGGCUCGCCUGGCUCCCCGCCGCCGUGCUCCUGCUGCUGUCCGGCUGCUCUCCGGCUCGCGGAUACUUCGCAGAGGAGCGCUGGAGCCCCGAGUCUGAGCUCCUCGCGCCACGGGUCCUCGUCGCCCUCAUCUGCAGGAACUCCGAGCACUCUCUGCCGUAUUUCCUCGGUAAUAUUGAGCGCCUUAACUAUCCCAAGGACCGUAUGGCUUUGUGGGUGGCAACUGAUCAUAACAAGGACAACACCACCGUCAUUCUGCGGGACUGGCUUGUGAAGAUGCAGAACCUUUACCAUUAUGUGGAGUGGAGGCCAAAAGAGGAACCCCAAGGUUAUCGUGAUGAGGAUGGUCCGAAACAAUGGACAGACCUCCGUUAUGAGCAUGUUAUGAAACUUCGGCAAGCAGCGCUGGUGUCGGCUCGUGAGAUGUGGGCAGACUACUUCAUGCUGGCAGACUGUGAUAACCUCCUCACCAAUCCUGACAUGCUCUGGAAGCUCAUGGGAGAGAACAAGACCAUCAUUGCUCCAAUGCUCGAAUCCCGUGCAGCCUAUUCAAACUUCUGGUGUGCAAUGACCUCCCAGGGUUACUAUAAGCGCACUCCUGCAUACUUACCCAUAAGAAAGCAUGUGCGCAAGGGCUGUUUUGCAGUUCCAAUGGUCCACUCCACCUUCCUGAUAGACCUCAGAAAAGAGGCAUCCAGGCAGCUGGUCUUUCACCCGCCACACCCAGAAUACAGUUGGGCUUUUGACGACAUCAUUGUGUUUGCGUUCUCCGCUCGGAUGGCAGAUGUUCAAAUGUUUGUGUGUAACAAAGAGAACUAUGGUAACCUCCCUGUGCCUCUGCGAUCCCACAAUACUUUGCAAGACGAAGCUGACAGCUUCUUGCACUCCCUGCUGGAGGUUAAUGUGCGAAAUCCCCCAGUGAUGCCUUCCAAAUACGUACCUGUUCCUACAAAACAACCUGACAAACUGGGCUUCGAUGAGGUGUUCAUGAUCAACCUGCUGAGGCGCACUGACCGCCGAGAACGUAUGAUGAGUACGUUAUAUGAGCAGAAGAUAACAUGCAAGGUCAUUGCAGCUGUUGAUGGAAAAGGGAUGAAUAUCAGUGAAGUUCAUAAUUUAGGCAUCCACAUGCUCCCUGGAUACAAUGACCCCUACCAUAACCGCCCACUGACAAAGGGAGAGCUGGGUUGCUUCCUAUCCCACUACAACAUCUGGAAAGAGAUUGUGGAGCGACGACUGGAAACCUCCCUGGUGAUUGAAGAUGACCUGCGCUUUGAGAUCUUCUUCAAACGGCGCUUGAUGAACUUGAUGAAGGAGGUGGAGGAUGAAGGGCUGGACUGGGAUCUCAUUUAUAUUGGUCGGAAAAGAAUGCAGGUGGAUCGCCCAGAGAAAGCAGUGCCUAAUAUUCACAACUUAGUGGAAGCAGAUUAUUCAUAUUGGACUCUAGGCUAUAUGAUUUCAUUACAAGGGGCGGAGAAGCUUUUGAAAGCAGAACCCCUGAAGCGGAUUUUGCCAGUGGACGAGUUUCUGCCCAUCAUGUUCAAUAAACACCCUGUGUUUGAUUAUAUGAAACAGUUUGAAACCAGGGACCUAAAAGCAUUUUCUGCCGAGCCUCUUCUAGUGUAUCCAACACAUUACACAGGCGACAGAGGCUACGUCAGCGACACCGAGACCUCCACAGUGUGGGACAAUGACAAGGUCCGUACAGACUGGGACAGAGGGCGCACAGGAAAGACUGGGGAGCAGGCUGAGAUCAGCACUGAGGCCCAGAACUCAGAUGUGCUCCAGUCGCCUUUGGACAGUGCGGCACGGGAGGAGCUAUGAGAGCAACUUGAUGAGAGCUUUGGAGUAUUUUACAAACCACCUUUUUAAUCAUGUCUCAGCUUUACAUUUUUGGUUUUGUGUAACAUCCCUGGAUCAGAGUUUGUAGGAGUGUGACAAGUUAAAAAGGGAACAGGGGUGUCUUGUGUUUUUCGUCAGUUUGGCAUUUUUACUUUUAUAAAGGCACUAGACUUGCCAUUUGGAAUGGCAUUUGCAGUACCCAACUUCUGUCUGUCAUACAGAAAUGAACUUAUAUAUUUGCAAAGAAUGCAAUUUGACUUUAACAUUUCAGUAAUUGGGCAGUUAACUUUGUCCUUGUUUGAGAUUACAAUAUGAAAUGCUUUCUGUUAAAUGCAUUCUCAAGACAAAACAUAUAUUUGAGUGUAACCACACUGAAUGUGACUGAGCAAAAUCAUGACUUUUACAGAUAUUUGUAUGUUUAAAUCACCAUAAAUAAUGUUUUAAUGCUUUUAUCCAAGAUGAGAAACAUCUGCAUGUCUUUUGCUUUGAUACUUUAGUAUUUUGCCUUUUUUAAACUUCAUAUUGCUGUUUUUUUUUUUCAGCCAUCACUUAAGAUGCUUGAACCAGAGCUUCCUUUUACCAAAGCAACAAAACACACAAUCAACAGUUGCAGUACUCAGUAUAUACCAAUGCUUUCCUUAUUCCUGUGUCUUUUCUCUCCACUUUGGGAUUGUUUCCAGACUAAACCCGCUGUUGACAAUUUGAUGGUUGGACCAACCACUUUACACGCCUCAAACUUGCUGAUUUGGGAGUAACUUAGUAUUUUAAGCCCUUUAAGUUCCCUUUAAAGAGAACCCACCCAGCCACAUCCAAACAGGCGUUCCACCUCUUAAUCAUUUUCAGUUAAAUCUGAUUUUGAGCAUUUUGGGAGUGUAAGUCUUCAUAAAAUGUCCCUUGGAAAAGAGAAACAAACAACAAAAGGUUUGUAUUAUCUUACAAUUUACCAAAUAUUUAUUCUGUCUUGGCUUUGUUGUUUUUUUGGCCGUUCACUCACAGAUAUUGCACAAAAUGUUAGUGGUGCAUUGUGCCAAGGAUAAAUAAACAUUUUUAUUUUUUAAAAAGCUGAAUUUGUGAUUACUGUGUUAUUUCGUAUUACAAUGCUUGUGUAAUCAAUGUAUCUCUGUAAAUGUUAGUUUGUGCACAUUUUACAAGAUGGGGAGAACAAACAAAGGCAUGAGUUAUCACUAACAUAACUUUUGAUUCUUAAAACAAAUGUGGAUAUUUUGACAGAACAUUUCUUACUGUGACAUUUUGCAUGUGAUUUCUCUGUUAAAAGGCUGUUUAUUCAGACCUCAUGUACCAUGCUAAAUGCAUGUGGCAAAACUGUGGUGAGCCAUUAAAAGCAUUUAUACGUA